CUCCUGGGCAGUGCCGGCUUGGGCGGGGAGGGAAGUCUCCCUGAUGGUCUGUCACCAACCGGGCCGGAGCAUCCGAGGGCCUCUCCUCGCGCCGGCCUCGUUCCUGGGAGGUCGCUCUGGAACCAUUCCAACCUCCACAUCCCCAGCCGGAGAAGGGCAGCACUGGGCUUUGGCCCAGCCUCCCGUGGUCCCCCAGUCCUUCCCGUCGGCGCCUAAGAGAUGGGCAGACUCAAGUUCUCAUCGCGGAGUCAAUUCUUUCCUCUUCUUAAGCAGCGAGGCCUGUCGUUUGGUUCUCGUUGGCCGUCUUAGAAGAUGAUUUAAGAAAAACGAUUGCCUUGAAUAUGUGUAACUUCUCCGUCAUCCUGUCCUGUAUGCGAGAAUCUUGGGGAAAGCGAUCUUAGCUUUACAAACCUCGAUAACGGAGUGAUAGAAGGAAGUCAAGGCACCAUUAUGACUCAGAUGAGAAAUCAGAAACAAGAGAAAAUGGUGUUACAGAUGACUUGGAUGCUCCCAAACCCAAAAAAGCUAAAAUGAAAGAGAAGCUAAAUGGUGACACCGAGGAAGGAUGUGAUAGACUUUCAGAUGAAUUUUCUAAAUCUCAUAAGCCAAGAAGAAAAGAUCUAUCAAAUGGAGAUAUUGAUGAACAUGAAAAAAAAUCAAAGCGAGUGUCAUCUUUAAAUAGUUCUACUCAUAAAUCAAGUGAUAAUAAACUAGAAGAGACCCUAACACGUGAACAGAAAGAAGGAGCCUUCUCCAAUUUCCCUAUUUCUGAAGAGACUAUAAAGCUUCUGAAAGGUCGAGGGGUAACAUAUCUCUUUCCUAUUCAAGUUAAGACUUUUGGUCCUGUAUAUGAAGGAAAAGAUUUAAUUGCUCAAGCGCGGACAGGAACAGGAAAGACAUUCUCUUUUGCCAUCCCCUUGAUUGAAAGACUCCAAAGAAAUCAAGAGACAAUUAAAAAAAGCCGCUCACCAAAGGUACUUGUUUUGGCUCCUACAAGGGAACUGGCAAACCAAGUAGCCAAAGACUUCAAAGAUAUAACUAGGAAACUCAGUGUGGCAUGUUUUUAUGGUGGAACAUCAUAUCAAAGCCAAAUUAAUCAUAUUCGAAAUGGUAUUGACAUCUUGGUUGGGACCCCAGGUCGUAUCAAAGACCAUCUGCAGAGCGGCCGAUUAGAUCUUUCUAAACUGCGCCACGUUGUGCUUGAUGAAGUGGAUCAAAUGUUAGAUUUAGGUUUUGCUGAACAAGUUGAAGACAUUCUCCAUGAGUCCUACAAAACUGAUUCUGAAGACAAUCCUCAGACUUUACUUUUUUCAGCAACUUGCCCGCAGUGGGUAUACAAAGUUGCAAAAAAAUACAUGAAAUCCAGAUAUGAACAGGUUGACCUUGUUGGGAAAAUGACUCAAAAGGCUGCAACUACUGUAGAACAUUUGGCCAUCCAGUGCCACUGGUCUCAGAGACCAGCAGUUAUUGGAGAUGUCCUUCAAGUCUACAGUGGGUCUGAAGGGAGGGCUAUUAUCUUCUGUGAGACCAAAAAGAAUGUAACUGAAAUGGCCAUGAAUCCACACAUAAAACAGAAUGCCCAGUGUUUACAUGGGGACAUCGCUCAGUCACAAAGAGAAAUUACACUGAAAGGCUUCAGAGAGGGUAGUUUUAAAGUUUUGGUGGCAACCAAUGUGGCUGCCCGUGGUUUGGACAUUCCUGAGGUUGACCUGGUGAUUCAGAGUUCACCUCCACAGGAUGUUGAGUCCUAUAUUCAUCGCUCUGGACGCACAGGUCGAGCUGGCCGGACAGGGAUCUGCAUAUGUUUUUAUCAACCGAGAGAAAGAGGUCAAUUACGAUAUGUGGAACAAAAAGCAGGAAUUACUUUUAAACGUGUAGGUGUUCCUUCUACAAUGGAUUUAGUUAAAUCUAAAAGCAUGGAUGCCAUCAGGUCUUUGGCUUCCGUUUCUUAUGCUGCUGUUGAUUUUUUCCGACCAUCAGCUCAGAGACUGAUAGAAGAGAAAGGGGCAGUGGAUGCAUUGGCUGCAGCAUUAGCCCACAUCUCUGGCGCAUCGAGUUUUGAACCACGAUCUUUGAUCACCUCCGAUAAGGGGUUUGUGACCAUGACUCUGGAAAGCCCAGAAGAAAUACAGGAUGUCAGCUGUGCUUGGAAAGAACUUAACAGAAAGCUGAGUAGUAAUGCUGUGUCCCAAAUUACCAGAAUGUGCCUCCUAAAAGGAAAUAUGGGUGUUUGCUUUGAUGUUCCCACAACUGAAUCAGAAAGGUUACAGGCAGAGUGGCAUGAUUCAGACUGGAUACUCUCAGUGCCAGCCAAGUUGCCUGAAAUUGAAGAAUAUUAUGAUGGAAACACAUCUUCUAAUUCCAGACAGAGGAGUGGUUGGCCAAGUGGCCGGUCAGGCCGGUCAGGCCGGCCAGGUGGUCGAUCCGGUGGCCGGUCAGGUAGACAGAGUCGGCAGGGGAGUCGGUCAGGAAGUCGACAAGAUGGUAGAAGACGAAGUGGGAAUAGAAAUCGAUCAAGAAGUGGGGGCCACAAACGGAGUUUUGACUGAGAUAGUUAAUCUACAGUGUGAGCUUGCCUGUUUCUGCAUAAUCAUGUACAUUAUCAACCAAAAAUUAGGUCAACAUAGCUGAGGUCUGUGUCUGCUAUUUGGAAAGAAGUUGGUUGUAUUUUUUUAAAAAGUAUUUCACAAGAAUGGUUGUAAACAAAUCUACUUAUCCAGUUAUACCUUUGAAUAAAAAAACCUCCUUUUAUUGUCUCUUUUCA